AUGUGGCGGUUCAAGUUGAUCAACAAAGGUAAGAUCGUAGAUGACCUUAGACCACAAAUGCUUAAAGGUAAUGAAGGUGUGUUAUUUUUCAGAGAUCCAGGGGCGGAGCAGAAGUUCAAGGAAAUUAGCAAUGCGUACGAGGUGUUGUCUGAUGAUGAGAAGCGAUCUCUUUAUGACAAAUAUGGGGAGGCUGGACUUAAAGGUGCUGGCAUGGGAAUGGGGGAUUUUAGCAAUCCUUUUGACCUGUUUGAGUCACUGUUCGAGGGCAUGGGUGGCGUGGGCGGCAUGGGCAUGGGUGGCCGUAGUUCAAGGAAUAGAGCAGUUGAUGGGCAGGACGAAUAUUACAGUCUCGUGUUGAAUUUUAAGGAAGCAGUUUUUGGAGUUGAGAAGGAGAUUGAGAUAACCCGACUGGAAAGCUGCGGAACAUGUAAUGGGUCAGGUGCAAAACCUGGCACAACAGCUUCAAAAUGUACAUGUGGUGGACAAGGCCAGGUGAUCUCAUCUGCAAGGACUCCAUUAGGUGUCUUCCAGCAGGUAAUGACAUGCUCUUCUUGUGGUGGAACGGGGGAAAUUUCUACCCCAUACAAUACGUGUUCUGGUGAUGGGCGAGUAAGGAAAACGAAGAGGAUCAGUUUGAAAGUCCCUGCUGGUGUGGAUUCUGGUAGUCGUUUAAGGGUCCGAUCUGAAGGAAAUGCUGGAAGGAGAGGUGGGUCUCCAGGCGAUCUCUUUGUUGUUAUUCAAGUUAUCCUAGACCCUGUCCUAAAACGAGAUGAUACCAACAUACUAUAUACCUGCAAAGUGUCAUAUAUAGAUGCCAUACUGGGAACGACAAUCAAGGUUCCAACUGUUGAUGUUAUGGUUGAUCUGAAGAUACCAGCUGGGACACAGCCAAAUACCACCCUCGUAAUGGCAAAGAAAGGUGUUCCGGUUCUAAAUAAAAGCAACAUGAGGGGUGAUCAGCUGGUUCGUGUACAGGUUGAAAUACCAAAACAGUUGAGCAGUGAAGAGAGAAAGCUUAUUGAGGAGCUAUCUGACUUAAGCAAGGGCAAGACAGCAAGCAGUGGGAGAUAG